AUGAGUGGGCGAAUGCGGAAUAGGGGAAUGACCCAAGAAAACAGUUCAGACGCCCUGGCAGCAGCAGCAGCGAUUGGAAAUGCCCUCAGCAAUAACGGUAGAGUAGUUGAUAGAAGCAAAAUACCACAAUACAAUCAAAGUUUCACAUCUCGAACGGCUUCAAUUGGAGGGAUGGAUAGAUAUACAAUGGUCACAAAUUCUAGGAAUAAUUCAAGGGCGCCUUCAAUGAAUGGAAAUGGAAACCGAUUCUACAGAAGCACGUCUAGUUUGGCCAAUAAAGGACAUAACAGUACUGUUGACAAUUUGAACUUGAGAAGGCAACAGAAGGCUCGUGAAGAUGCAGAAACUACCUUUCGAGAAUUCGGAGGUCAUCAAUCAUCAAAAGCUUUAAACGUUCCAAAUUUAACAAGCAGAGACAAUAAAUCAAGGACUACAUUAUUUGGGAGCUCAGGCGGCAUAAGGACGACGGUUAAAAAAUACAUACCUGGUCCUAGAGGAUUAGUUGCCGUGGAAGUCCCCGUGCAAAAGGGACCUUCAAGAUAUCAUACUAGCUCCGACUCAAACAAUGCGGGUGACAGAGCAUAUUCUUUACCUACUGGAAAGCAUAAUUCGAGCUCAACGUACAGGAAGAAAACUACUAAAGCAACUCUCAAAACGACGGAAUCACGAGGAAGAAAACCUAAACAUGGAAUUGAAUCAAAGGGUCACAAUCCAAGUAAAGUGUCAACCAAAAGGCAUACUAAAUCAUCAAAGCAGCAGCAUAAUGAUAAUGUUCCAUUAAUCGAAAUGACCAUGAAUGAAGAAACGGAACAGGAGCUGCGGAAAGAUUUGCACGGCCCAUUCGAAUUCAGGCCCAUGACCAUAUCUGACAACGACGACGACUCUUUCGUUGGGUCAAAUCGCAGCGUAUUGGAAAAAAACGAAAACAGACUCAAUGAACGUGAGAAAAAAGACGAGAUUGAAAAAUUACUCAAUGAAGUUCGUACUUUAGAAGAGAAAAUAUCAGACAUUGAGGUAGAAAAAUCAAACGAAGAAGAAAGAGAACGAAAUCUGAUCUUGGAGUUGAGGAAAGUUAAACAAAACGAAGAACGGAGAAUGGAAGUAUUGAGGAGAGAACUGAAUAUUGCCAAGGAAAAUGCGGAUCUUGAAGCUGAAGAACUAAAGCUAAUAGAAACCAAAAGAAAAACGCACCUUCAUGACGAAGGGGAAAUCAAAUCCAAAAUUGAAACCGUCGUGGUUCAUCAGCGGGCUUCAUCCAAGUCUGAGCCCAAACAACUGCUUCUAAAAGACAUGGGAAAAGAAUCCUCAAAUACACAGGAUCAGUCUCAAUAUGUCAAAAAUUCCAAAAUUAAUAAUCUUAUAAACACUGAGGAAGAACCAGUGAAUCCUAUUAUGCUCGACUCUUUCAAUGAUCCCGUCUUCCAGAUAAACUCAAACAAUGAAUCUGGUGGUAACAAAGAUUUAGACAGCCUUAUUGGAAGUGAAUUAUCGGAUUAUAAUUGUAUAGAAGGUUCAGCACUCGACUUUCGCGCAACCGCGAAGACAAGCGUGGAGUCUGAAAUUCAUGCGAAUCAAGCUGGGUUGAAAUUACCUCCAGAUGACUGUUUCAAAUGCCACGAAGAAGGCACGAAGGAACAUGGUAUAGACCUUGCUGGUAAAAAUUGUGCUUCAAACCAAAAGGAAAAAGAUGUUGAUCAAGACGGCUUACUGUUAGACAGUGAUGAACCAGAGACCUCUGAAACACUUCCUGGCAUUCUUGAGAUCGAUACUAUCAGACCAGAGAAGGUAAGUGGUGUUAUCAGAGACAUCAAUGACGAUGAAAAUGUCAAUAACUAUUCCGAUGAGGAGGAAGAGGAAGAGGAUGAAGAUGAAGAAUAUCAUGAUUCUUAUGACGUGAUAGUACAUGAACCGGUUCAAAUGGAACAGAGAAUAACUAACGUACCUCCCUCAAAAUAUCCUUUAGAAUACCCAAACAAAGCGAAUAGUGACAAGAACAACCAACAAAAUUACAACAACACAGAAGUUUUUCAGUCCGGAACAAAAAAGUCUAAAUACUUACUUGAUGCUAAUCCUUAUCUUGCUAGCGCCAGUUCAGACACUCUAAAUCUGGACUCAGAAAACCUGAACUCUAAAUCUUCGACUGAAACCACAAGGACGGUACCUGGUCAUUCAAAAGGCUCACCACAACCAGAAUUCAAAUCCGCUUUGAAGAAAACAUUAGCUCUCCCAUCAAGUGCGUCUUCCUCUAUUUACUCGGUGGAUACACCGUCGAGUAGCAAUACACAUAUAGUGCGCACGACAGCCUCCAACACGAAAGUGAACGAACGUCGUCCAUUAACGAGUAGUUUAGAACAAAAACAUAAUCAAGCUGGUCUCACAGAAAUCCCUAUGAUGUCGCCCAAGCGUCUAGAGGAUAAAAGGAAAAACCUUAACCGGUUGUGCGUUAGGACUUUGCGUGGUAGUUGCAAUGAGGCUUCUCUCACCUAUAAAGUAUCGCAUUCGUCUUCUAAUUCAUCAUCAUCGCCUUCCUGCCAUAGCACAAGACCAUCAAUUCCUGUAAAUUCUGGAGGACUUGCUUCAAACUGUGCUUCAAAACGUUACUCAAAGGCUCCUCAAACAAGCACAACCUCAAGAGAAUCACCAAAUCGCCUUCCUUUGAAUGUUAAUAAAAGUGCUGUCUACCCAAGAGAACUCCCUGCCAAGAAGUCCAGUUUUGAGAAGGAAAGACCUAUGAAUGACAACCUCGGAUUCAGAAGUAUGUCUCUGAGAGAGCCACUUGUGACGAAGAGUACUCCAGCUAUGAGAGCAGGAAGUUUAGAAGAGGAAGAAAGGAGAGAACAAAAGGGACAUUUCUCAAGAAAAUCAUGGAAUUUUGGUUUAUCUUCUCCACUGAAGGCAAAAAACCAUUCUUCUCAUCCUUCCAACGAAACAGAGGAAAUAACAGGUUCAAUGACGGACUGCGGCAAUCAAAAUCCAUCUCUAUACACUGCGCCGUCUAUGAAUAAUAAAGAGAACGUAAGUCAAGCUGGCACAGAAGGUCAUCGAUUCUCAUUAUUCAAAAUUAGAAGCCCAACACUCGAUGAAAACGUAUCCACUGGAACGAACGCCUUGAAUUCAACAAAUUCUGAGAUGUCCACGGCACUCCCCUUGGGCGUGCCAGUGACUAUUAUAGAGAAGAACGGAGAAAUACACAAACUCCAUAACGAUGAUGCUGCUAAGAAGGAUAAUUCACAUCAUCAUGGUGGCCACAGUAAAUUUGGUAGAAAGCUUAAGAAAAUUUUUGGUAGAAAAUAA